GAAUUGUCCAGCCAAAUCCGCUUGCUUGGCAAAAGGAAGCCCACGAGGCAGAGAAGGCAGCCUCAGCUCCUGCAAAUGAGGAGGGGUGAUGGCACAGCCCCUUCCCAUCCCUGGUGCCCUUGGCUGGCCUCAGCAAGCACACCUUCCACCCAUCCCAGUCUCCAGGUGACACGUAAGCUGCUUCAGCUGCCAUUCCUGGCUCUCUGAGAAGCAGGUGGGGCUCGGGAGGCCAGCCCAAGGCACCUCUAGCAGCAGCAGCAGCAGGGCUGAAGAUCACUCACUAUGUCUGACGGGGACUAUGAUUACCUUAUCAAGUUCCUAGCCCUUGGUGAUUCUGGGGUUGGAAAGACCAGUUUCCUUUACCAGUACACAGAUGGAAAGUUCAAUUCCAAAUUCAUCACAACCGUAGGCAUUGAUUUUCGGGAAAAGAGGCUGGUGUACCGACCCAACAGACCAGAUGGGGUCAGCUGCCGAGGACAGAGGAUACAUCUUCAGUUGUGGGACACAGCAGGGCAGGAAAGGUUCCGUAGCCUGACCACAGCCUUCUUCAGAGAUGCCAUGGGCUUUCUCCUGCUCUUUGAUCUAACCAGCGAGCAAAGUUUCCUCAACGUCCGCAACUGGAUGAGCCAGCUGCAGACCCACGCCUACUGCGAGAGCCCCGACGUCGUGCUGUGCGGAAACAAGAGCGACCUGGAGGGGCAGCGCGUGGUCCAGGAAGACGAUGCCAAGCAGCUGGCAGGCAAAUACGGGGCGCCCUACUUCGAGACCAGCGCCGUCAACGGCGCCAACGUCGGCCCGGCCGUGGAGUCGCUGCUGGGGCUGCUCAUGAAGCGCAUGGAGCGAUGCGUGGACGGGCCCCACGCCUGCACCCCCGACGGCCCCGUCGAGACGCCCCCGCAGCCCGCUGGCCGCUGCGGCUGCUGAAGGCCCACCCGCGCCCGGCAGACGUGCAAUAAACCGGUUCGUGGCCA